AUGGCGAAGCGCGUGGUCAGCUUUGUGGCUGCGCCGGUGGUGGGCGGUGUGGUGGCACUGGGCGCGUUCUGGUACCUCAAGGUCGUGGCCAAGGUUGAGUACCCCCUGUGGCUGGCUUACCUUGGUUCUACCCUCAUGUUCGGCGGCGGCCUGCUCGGCAUCACGUAUGGCAUCCUGUCCACCAGCUGGGACCCGCGGCGCGAGGGCACCGCGCUGGGGUGGACCGAG